GAGAGAGACACAGGAGAGAGGGAACGAGAGAGACACAGAGAGAGGGAACGAGAGAGACACAGGAGAGAGAGAACGAGAGAGACAGGAGAGAGAGAACGAGAGAGACAGGAGAGAGCUUUGAAUAGCCCAACUUGUAAUUCCACGGACCCAGGACUUUAAGGAUGUAUUUUGUGAUCUCAGCUAUGAAAGCUCAAAUUGAAAUUAUUCCUUGCAAGAUAUGUGGAGAUAAGUCGUCAGGUAUCCACUACGGCGUGAUCACCUGCGAAGGCUGCAAGGGUUUCUUCAGGAGGAGCCAGCAGAGUAAUGCAGGGUACUCCUGCCCUCGUCAGAAGAACUGUUUGAUUGACAGGACCAGCAGAAACCGCUGCCAACACUGUAGACUACAGAAAUGCCUGACCGUGGGCAUGUCACGAGACGCGGUGAAGUUUGGCCGUAUGUCCAAGAAGCAGAGAGACAGCCUGUAUGCUGAGGUCCAGAAGCACCGUCUGCAGCAGGCCCAGCAGCUGCAGAGAGACCACCAUCCCCAGAACCCGGAGGAGGUCGAGCCUCUCUCUCCCCACUACGGCCUCACCGACCUCCACGAAGACCUGGGAGGGUACAUGGAGGAAAACAGCCCUGGGGGGGUUAACGGCCCAGCCUCCAAGGGGGGCUCUGACUCGGGAGGAGUGGGGGGGUUCUACCUGGACAUUCAGCCGUCUCCUGAUCAGUCUGGUCUGGAUAUUAACGGUAUAAAACCGGAGCCUCUUUGUGAUUAUGGUUCCAACCAGGGUUUCUUCCCCUACUGUUCCUUCACCAACGGAGAGACGUCUCCCACAGUAUCUAUGGCUGAGCUAGAACACCUAGGCCAGAACAUCUCCAAGUCCCACCAGGAGACGUGUCAGUACCUGAGGGAGGAGCUACAGAGCAUGACCUGGCAGGCCUUCCUCCAGGAGGAGAUAGAGACCUACCAGACGAAGCCGGAGGAGGUGAUGUGGCAGCUGUGUGCCAUCAAGAUAACGGAGGCCAUCCAGUACGUGGUGGAGUUCGCCAAACGCAUCGACGGCUUCAUGGAGCUCUGUCAGAACGACCAGAUAGUGUUGCUCAAAGCAGGGUCUCUUGAGGUGGUGUUCAUCAGGAUGUGUCGUGCCUUUGACUCUCAGAACAGCACCGUCUACUUUGAUGGGAAGUACGCUGGGACCGACGUCUUCAAAGCGUUGGGUUGUGACGAUCUGAUUCGCUUAGUCUUUGAGUUUGGGAAGAGUAUGUCUGUCAUCCAUCUCUCUGAGGAGGAGAUCGCUCUCUUCUCCGCGUACGUCCUGAUGUCUGCAGAUCGGACGUGGCUUCAGGAGAAGGUGAAGGUAGAGAAGCUGCAACAGAAGAUCCAGCUGGCUCUCCAACAUGUCCUUCAGAAGAACGGCAGAGAGGACGUGGUUCUCACAAAGUUGAUAUGCAAAGUGUCGACCCUGCGGGCAUUAGUCAGCCGGCAUACAGAGAAGCUGACGGCCUUCAAAGCAACCUACCCAGACAUUGUCCAAGCCCACUUCCCUCCACUAUACAAGGAGCUGUUUGGCUCAGACUUUGAACAGGGCUCCAUGUCCAUAGACGGCUAGCCGAGGGCCCCGUCGGUGACCUACCGUACUGUAUCUGCCCUGUACUGUAGUUUACGUCAUGGAGCCAGUGUUGAUCUUUGGGAGACAGAGAGACACGUUGAAUGAGAGACACUCAGACAGUGCCUUGGUCCUGGCCCUAACUUGCUCUUACCUGGACAGACACCCGACAUUUCUCUGUUCAUGUUUGUCUGUCUUCUCCUCUGUGUCCUCCUGGAUCAUGAGUUGGUUGGGAGGUUUCUGGGAGGAAAAAAAACAUUCAAGCACUUAGAAAACCAACAGCCUUUCCUCUCACAACAACAAACCUAUUGGGAUGGGGAGUG